AUAUCUCUCUAAAUUGCAUUCCUGGACUGAAGAUGGAUUGGUUUUGAAUGACUAUUAUGUUAGCUAUGUAAUUGGUAAUCCAAUGCCUGAUUUGUAGGCUGAUCGCAGCAAUAUUAAAAGAGGUACCACCUACACAAGUAAGGACUACAUCUAUUUGUCCCAAGAGAUGACUGAAGCUUAUUUCAAGUACCGUGGAAACCGAACUAUCUACGUCCAGCAUUUCCCAACAGUAGCUACAGAAGCUACAGCCACAACAGCAGACAAAUAUUCCAACCUUUACAUGUAUGUGGGGCUUUUCUUAGGACUCCUUGCAGUGCUUCUAGUUCUACUGUUCACGAUGCUCUUAAGAAUAAAACAUGUCAUUUCUCCUAUUACCCCCAAUACAGAGAGCACGGAUAACAUGCCACAGUUUACUGAUGUUGAGAUGCAGGGCAGAUCUCCCAGUGCCUGAUGGAAAUAUCUCAAGAAGAAAGAUGCAUGGAAUUAUAAUCAACCAAGUAGUGUUCAAACCUACAACAUGUUUUUAGGAGAAAAUACUGGCUUGCUACUCUUUUUUGGUAUUAGAUUUGUAUGCUUUUUUGUCAGAUGCACUAACAUUCAGUAUCUUUUUGAACAGUGAUCAGGAGUCCACCUAAUGUCAUCACUGUAGCAACUGAAUGUCAUCAUGCUAAAGUCUAUGGGGCUACAGGGACAGUGCAGUUGGAGACACGGUUUCCAUAGCAAUAAGUAACUGCACAUUCCGCAUAAUGCCUUCUGCACACCCACUGUGUUUAUCGGUAACAUCACAUUGUCAGCAAAGUCACUUAAGAAAUGAAAGAACUGAACACAAGAAGUCUAGAGCAGAUGGCCUUUCGUUAGAAAAAAACACUGUUCUCUCUUUUUAUUUCAAGACCAUAUGCUUUUGUGUCCCAAAGCCUGAUUGAGCAAUGUUCCAUAUUUCAAGAGAAAGAGCAAUAACAAUAUUUCCUUUAGGGACCUCAACGAAACCAUUAACUCCUAAUUAAAAAAUGGAAAGGUUAAUUUGAUUUUGAUUCUGAUAUGUUUUUCUAAAUGUGAAUCUGUAUGCUAUUUUUUUCUUUAUUUUCUAGUUCUUUCUUCUGUGUUCUUUUUUCGUUUGGACAAUGUUUCUGGAUCCACUGGUAUACUGACAGAUGAUAAUAAGGACCAUAAAUGAAACACUUAUUAACUUAAAUCCAAAACCAAAA